UGAACCUUCUUCUGUCUCACUUCCUUUUAUUUCCUCCUCUACUGUUCUAGUUUUAUGUCUUAGAAUUCCAACUUCUCUAACAAAAAGGAACAAAAUUUGCAUUCAAUUUCUUUUGGGUGGAUUGAAAUUAUUUUCUUUAUGCAGUGUUGUUAGUUGCCGUGUUAUAUACUUAUAUUCAUCAUCAAGCAUCAUGUAUUCAUGUUCAAUCAUAUAUAACUAACAAUGGUGUUGAGAUCAUUCAUCCUGCAACCCAACUUGACCCACUUGCUUCCAACAUGCAAAUUCUGUGUCAAACCUUCUUUCCAGCAUUCCCAGCAGAAGGAAUUUUCACUGAAAAUCAGUAGAAGGGUGGGGGUUUUGGCAGCUAUGGCUUCCUUGAUUUUGGGUGGAGAGGGCAUUUUUAGUUCACAGAGUGCAUAUGCAUCUGAAUUUGCAUUUAUGGCCCCUGAUCUGACAGUUGAAGAGGCACAGAAUGGAGCCAAGGUUCAUGCACAAGAUUUGUUACAAGUUAGAGAGCUGUUAGGGGCAGAGUCAUGGAAAGCAGCACAAAGGGCAUUGAGACAAAGUUCUGCACUCCUGAGGAAGGACUUAUAUGCCAUUAUCCAAAGCAAGCCUGGAAGUGAGAGGCCCCAACUAAGAAAUCUCUUUUCUAUUCUCUUCAACAAUGUUUCUAGACUAGAUUAUGCAGCAAGGGACAAAGAUGUACCGGAAAUCUGGCGGCGUUACGAGAACAUUGUUGUAGCUGUGAAUGACAUUUUAUCCAUACUCUAACACCCUGCCCUAUUGAUAAUGGGAGAUCUCAGCAAGUUUCUGUCAACAGCUACCCAAAUUUGCUUGGUGCAAGACGUGAAGUAGUCAAUGAUAUAGGUUCAGAAAUAGCUGAACUGAAAAAUUGUCCUGUUAUAUACAGAUCAUGGGUUUGAUCUUGGAGAGUUAGGUAAGAAUGCUGAAAUUGUUCAAUUCUAUGUGGUCACAGAAUUAUGUUCAGCCUCACUGUCAUCAAGAGCCAGAGAUAAAUACAGACUAUGAGAAUAAAAUAUAGGCUUAAAUAUGCUUUUGGUCCUUAAAAUUGUACUCCCUCCGGUCCUAUUUAUAAGCAGCAAAAAAAAAAUUCACAUAAUUUAAGAAAUGUAGUUAAACUAGAUAAAAUGCAUUAAAUUUGUCUUGAAUCAAAAUAAACUUCCAAAAUUACCCUUUGUUAUUAGUAUUGGAAAGUGGGAAAGAGAGAGAAUAAUUAAUGAGACACAUUUUACAAGUUAGAAUUAAUAAGGGCAUCAUUGGAAAAAAAUAAUUAAUAUAGCUCAAACUUUCAUUUGGUUCUUAUAAAAAGGACCAAGAUUUUUCUUCUUUUUCAUGCUUAUAAAUAGGACCGGAGGGAGUAUAAGAGAAUCAAACCUAGUCCCUAAAAAAUUUUCGAAUCAAAUUGGGUCCCUAAUUUUUUUUUUAAUCUAAUUAGAUCCUGAAGUGUGUUUCAGUCGGAUGUGUCAUGUUUUUUUUACCCUAAUUGGGUCCCUAAAUAUAUCAAUUUUCCAUUAUUAACUUCAAUUGGUUUAUCUAUUCAAAAAAAAAAACUUCAAUUGGUUUAUGACAACAUAAUUUUGUUCAAGUAUAUUAUAUAGGCUUAAAUAAGUUUUUCGUCCCUAACCUUUACCAAAUGCUUGACAUUGGUCCCUCGCCGGAGUAAAGGUGGGUUUUAGUCCUUAAUCUUUGUCAAAAGGUUUGGUUUUGGUCCCUCCGGAGCUCUGGGUCAACGCCGGAGCUCCGGUGGCCCAUGUGGCAUGGCCACAUCAGUUAAAUGAGGCCAGGUGGAUUUUUUUUCAUUUAAAAUAUUAAAAA